AUGAAUUGCAAUUGGAAAGUGAAUAACAUGUUUCAUGCAGUAAUAUUAUGGAAAAUCUUCUUUGUGUUGCUUGGGAACGGUUCUUGCAGGUUGUUGUUUAGUUGUUUUCUGUAUUGGUUGAAUAGAGAAAUGGAUAAUUCUCAAUAUGUUGUGUGUUUCGGAGCCGAUAGUGCUCUGAAGCUAAUUACUCAUAGAGGACGAGGAGUAUUUCGGGGUGGGCAUCGAGGUUAUCGUGGUAGAGGUUAUGGUAGUGGUAGAGGAGUUUUGCAUGUUAAUAGUCGUGGUGGCUUUAAUAUUCGUGGGAGUGCAUGUUAUCCUAGAAGUAGAGGAUGGAGUGAUAGAGGAAAUAGAUAUGCUGUUAGAUAUGUACGAGGUGGUAGGAACAUGAGUUUGAAGUCAUUGGAGGUGCCUGACAAGCAAGAUGAUGUUAGUGAUAUCAAGUGUCCAGUAAUCAGAAAUGUUUCUGUAAUUGGUGACAGUUUUGCGUUGCGACUGGCGAAGUAUUGUGAUUCAACUGUGAAAGGCAAAUAUAAAUUAUGUGAAGGUGGUUUGACUAUGAAUCAAAUGAAGUUACGUAUAAGUGAAUGUGAUGGUUCUAUUUUCACUACUGGAAGUGUAGUUAUGUUGAUGGGCAUGAAUGAUGUAUCAAAGGUUAAUGUUAAUGAUUAUGAUGGAGAAAUGUUUUCUCUUAUUUCGAAGUUGAAGUCCGUUGCUCCUGAAGUUGUUUUCUAUAUUUGCUCUCUUCCUAUGUUACUUGGUGAUGCUAGUCAGCGCAUAUCACACUUUAAUAAAGUUGUUGAUACUGUUACUAGAUUGGAUGCAUCACUAAUGAAGAUUGAUCUGCAGUCAGUUUUGCAUUCCAAUGGACAGAUAGAUACUAAGUUCUAUGAGAAAAUGUAUAAGUCAGAUUUUUUUGAUAUACAUCCUAAUUCAAAGGGUCUUGAAAUUAUAUCUGGAGUUAUUUUUAAUCACUUUUGAAAUUUUUGUAUGUUGCAUGUUGCAUGAUGUAUUGUAAUUGCAUGAAAUUUGUGUUGUUAUCUUGCAUGUAUAUGGUAAUAAAGUAAUGUUAAACAAAGAGGUGAAGGAGUUUGA